UCCCUCGUGCUGGAGCAGCGCACCUACUCCGCCAGACUCCUGAUCAAUUAUUUGUAUGCAAGUGUCCAUCCGUGGGGUCAGUCUGGAGAUGGCUGCGAAUCGGGUGGGGAGGCGUUAUAACAAUAAGAUCCACUCACCGAACCGUGGUACCAGCCGGGAAGCUGGACUGAGCGUGCAGAAGAGGCAAGCACGAGUCACCGUAAAAUAUAACAGAAGGGAACUCCAGAGGCGCCUGGAUGUGGAAAAGUGGAUAGAUUGUGGACUUGACGAGCUGUAUUUGGGAAGGGAAGAGGAUAUGCCAGAGGAAGUGAACAUUGAUGAGCUACUAGAUCUACAGAGUGAUGAAGAAAGGAUGCAGAAGCUUAAGGACAUCCUUCAUACCUGCGGUAACAACACAGAAGUCUUCAUCACAGAACUGAUGAAUAAACUUCAUGGUUUGCAGAAACAAGAAGAUCUCCACAACAAUGGGAUUGAACAUCCCCAGCUUCACAUCUUUUCUGAUCGCCAGGGCUCUCCUGACACUGAGAGACACUGAGCAUCUGCUCAAACAUCUACAGCUCUUCAGUCUCCUGUAUCAAAACCACGUCAUAUCAAGGCAUCAGCAGCGCAUACUGCUGUCUUCAUUUUUUCAAGUAACAAAACAGAAAAACGCUAUAAAAAUAUUUAUGUAAAAAUCUUGCCUAAAGCUCAGAGUAAAACACUGAGUGACUGACCACUGCAUGGACCUGUGAAAAGUUGUCUUAAUAAUUUUGAAAUUUUGAAACAAUUAUAAAUGAGAGUCUCGUUUGUUACAAUAGAAGUGCUUUCACUGAACGUGUAUUUGUUAAUUUAAGCAAUUAUUUCUACCUGAUCCCUUAAAAUUGCUUUCGUUAGUAUAACCCACUAUAGUCAGGAUUAUAUGGAAAUAUUAAAUAACUUGUUUGGCUUUAAUAAAAACAGUUAAUUUUGUGAAUUUUAGUUCAUCUGUGAAAACCAUUUGUACAGUGCAUAGCAGCCAUUUUAAAUAGUUUUUUCUUAGAAAUACUGACCCAUGUUAAGGAUUUUUCUCAUGAAAUAUUUCUUGGUUUUUUAGAUUAUGCUGAACCCAUGAGUUUUUCACAAAUGGACCAAAGAUUUUUGGCAAAGUGCUUUUUAGAUUUGAAAUCAGUUACAGUAAUUCCCUGUUGUGUUGUGUAUGUCUGUGGUUAGAUUUUGUAGGAUCAAAUUAAUUUUCAGAAAAAAAAAAGUUUUGAAUAUCAGUGCUGAAUUUAAUAUGCUUCAUUAAAACUGACAGCUUAAGCUUUUUCCCAGUAUAGAAAUGAAGGCUGGUUUGUAACAAAAUCAUGAGGUAUUGUUAAUAUGUUUGCUGCUACUAUAUGAAUUACUCAAGCUGGUCAAAUUUAUUAUAUGUUUGAAGAAGACUCCACAUUUUGAAGAAAUUCUUGAGUUGAUUCUCUUCUAGCUCUGUAUUUUAGUUUGUAUAAUGCACCGGUAUGUUUGUUUGUACAGUGGCAGACUUCCAGAA